UCGUCGGUGAUUAAGCUUAGGCUAGGUUAUUGUCACCUCAUUGAUGACUAUUAAUAGAUACAUGUGCGAUAUUGAAUGAACGAAAUGGGAUACAAGAGAAAAAAGCGAGAGGAGAAUGAUUAUGAAUACGAUCCCGCUCCGAAACAUUUGCAAGUAGGACAUAUUAAGAAUCAAGAAAAGCGUCUUAUCGUUAUAUUGGAGAAUGCUCAAUUGGAAUCUGUCAAAGUUGGAAACAGUUUUGAACUAUUAAAUUGUGAUGAUCAUAUAAAUAUUUUAAAGAAAAACAAUCGUGAUCCAGGUACAUGCAGGCCAGACAUUGUUCACCAAUGUCUAUUAAUGUUGAUGGACAGUCCAUUAAAUAGGGCCGGACUGUUGCAAGUUUAUAUUCAUACAGAAAAAAAUGUGUUAAUAGAAAUUAAUCCACAGACCAGGAUACCAAGAACAUUUAAACGCUUUGCUGGAUUGAUGGUGCAACUAUUGCAUAAAUAUGGCGUUAGAGCAUCUGAUGGACCAAUGAAGCUCCUUAAAGUAAUUAAAAAUCCUAUAUCGGAUCACUUGCCAGUUGGUUGCCGUAAGAUAUUAAUGUCAUUCAGUGCAAACAAAGUAGUACAUCCACGAGAGUUUGUACCUUCCCAAGAUCCAAUUGCUAUUGUAGUUGGAGCUAUGGCACAUGGCCAAGUGAAAACAGAUUAUACAGAGGAUACUAUCUCAAUCAGCAAUUAUCCUCUCUCAGGUGCUGUUACAUGUAGCAAAUUAUGUACAGCAUUUGAAGAAGUUUGGGAAAUUGUUUAAUAAAAAGUAAGAUGUCUAAAUAUUAUUGAUUGGCUUUUUAUAAAAUAACGAUUUCUUACACACACAAACACACAUGUGCGUGUGUGUGCGCGCGCGCGUAUUACAUACACGUACUACACUUAUUA